CAUCUUUCUUCCAUAACUUCCUCAUCGCGAAGGCUCUUCAAAUUCAAUCAUAACAAUGCCACCCUUCUGGACAAUUGGCUGCCUGUACGGCGCCUCCAGCGUGAUGCUUGGCGCAUUCGGCGCGCACGGCCUCAAAAAGAGAAUCGCAGACCCAGCUCGCAUCGCAAACUGGGGAACCGCAGCGCAGUACCAGCUCAUUCACUCGGCAGUCCUGACGUUUGCAUCUGUCGCGGCACCGCAAAAUACGGUUGCUAUGGGCUUGCUUACUGCAGGCAUGACGAUGUUCUCUGGAAGCCUGUAUCUGCUUGUAUUGGAUCCGCAGAGGUUUGGGAAGUACCUGGGGCCGGUCACACCGAUCGGUGGUCUCUGCCUCAUUGGGGGCUGGGUGGCACUGGCGGUUACGAAGAGGCCUGUUUUGCCCAAGUUCAAGUAGGCGUGUACAAGAUAGGCAUCCAAUACGCCUGGAGGAACAGUUUUGAACGAGUGUUGAAGGCGUUCAGGCGACUCUAUAGCUGGUCUGUACUCUGAUGAGCUACGGAAGAUUACGACGGCCCGCGCUGUUGUCGUACAAGUUUGGGCUUGCGUUAAUAGGCCUCCAGGCCGCAUGCUCCAUAACAGCAGGACAAGAUCAGAUGUUAACUUGGGUUGGCAGGCAAUCUGUACAUGUGUACGAUGAGAGAUGUAAGGAAUAGGCUCAGU